CUGUGUUUGUGUUUCGUAAACGAAAUUACUGAGCCUAAGAAUAUGCCAGCAAUACUUGUGGGAGUAACCAUUCUAUGGAUAUGUGCUAAGAAUGUUGAUUCCUUGCAAUGUUAUUCCUGCGACAACGCACCAGGCAUGACGGAUUGUAAUCAGACGGUUACGUGCAACCAACAUCAGUCCUGCUCCAUGUUUGUACCACAAGGACCCACGAAGACGUAUACACUGUCAUGUAUGGAUAAUCAGUUAUGUCAAAGAGAUCCUGGUAUAAUCGGCAAACGUCAAUCCACGGCGUGCCACGAAUGUUGUGCCCACGAUUUGUGUAACACGCAUUUGUGUUCCUACCUGCCACCCACUGCAUGUCAUGACGACGAAUCGUUUGACUGCCCUCGGGCAAACACUCUUUUUGGAAUAUGCAAUAAUGUUGACGAAGCAAAGAAGAUAUGUCCGAACUUUUGUGGAAUUUGCCCAGUAGAUGGUCAGUGGGCAAACUGGAGUGAUUGGACUUCAUGUGACGUCACAUGCGAUCAAGGGAAACACACACGCACAAGAACAUGUACCAACCCGGAACCAAAGAAUAACGGCAGUGACUGUGUCGGCGUUGCCAAUGAAUAUAAACGUUGUGACCGCGAACCAUGUCCUGUCCACGGAGGGUGGAGUACAUGGUUGUCAUGGGGGUCGUGUUCGGUGUCUUGUGGAAUUGGCAUUGACAGUCGAGAUAGGACGUGCACUAAUCCAAAACCUGAUCGAUUCGGUGACCACUGCUUUGGCAAGCCACAGGAAAGCAGAAUCUGCACUCCCCGCCCGUGUCGAAAUGGCGAGUGGUCUGCAUGGGAACAAUGGGCGCCAUGUCCGGUCACGUGUGGGUUUGGUGUUACAUCACGUGACAGAAAAUGCAACAAUCCCGCGCCAUCUUUACUAGGUCAGCAAUGUGAUGGAGACAAUAAAGACUGGGGGAGUUGUUUCCGGCGAAAUUGUCCAAUUAAUAACUGUCUUGAUAUCCGGAAUGCGAUGACCGGAGCUCCAUCUGGAGUGUAUACCAUUUCAACACCCGUGACGAGGACCUUCAUACAAGUAUAUUGCGAUAUGGAUACUGCAGGCGGUGGAUGGACUGUUUUCCAAAGACGGUUCAAUGGGUCUCUAGAUUUUUACAAAAACUUUCAAGACUAUGAAGAUGGGUUUGGAUCUGUUGAUGGAGAACACUGGUUAGGUCUACGGAACGUUUAUGAACUGACAACCGUUGGAACGAAUGAUCUUCGAAUAGAUGUUAUGUGUUUCAAUGGCUCGAAAGCUUUUGAAGUAUAUUCAGAUUUUCUAGUCGGACAGGGCUCAAACUAUACACUGCAUCUUGGAGCUAGGACACGAAAUAAUGAAACUUCUGGAAACGUUACCAUGGACGACUCAUCGUUUGGUGAAAAUGAUAUGGCAUUCAGUGCAAAAGACAAAGAUAUGGAUAAUUAUGUGGAUGGUACGGAUGUACGGUCCAAUUCAGAUACGGACAACGCUGUAUUGAACUCAUCUCCGUCGAGGUUAUACAGACCGCCCCUUAGAAGAAGACAUAGAGAGUCAGGUGACAAAACGUAUUGGCUACAUUCUCGGAGAGUAACCAUACGGGCAGACUCGACAGCGGCAUCGUCUCGUGCUCAAUCACGUGAUAUUGAGGUAACAUCUUACGCUCUCCUGACAUAUACUGAACUUGGAAAACUGAAUGAAGGACGUAAGGUUGUCAACUGGCUUGUGUCACAGAGGGACCCGUCAGGGGGCUUCAAAUCGACUAAGGAAAUGUAG